CUUCGGCUUGGUUUGGAAAGCGGCCAAGUGCCUGAUACUGCAUUUUCAGCCUCUUCCGUGGCAGGAUCGAAGAAAAAUGGCCCAGAACGAGCGAGGUUAAAUACACAUACUGAUAGCAAAGGUUCCGGCGAUUGGGCUUCAAAAGAGAACAACGAGAGUCAGUGGCUUCAAAUUGACCUUGGGGAGCUGGUACGAGUUAUUAAGGUGGCAACACAGGGGAAGCAGGACGCUGAUCAUUGGGCAAUACUAUUCAGUCUUUCGUACAGCUCAUGGAUGGAAGGCACUGGGCUAAAUGCAAGGAACAGUGUCGCAAGGGUCAGUCAAUACUUGAACUCCAUUCAUGUAUCAUUUUUAGGUGAGAUAGAACUCCCUCGGAAGAUUUCCAUGUGCAGCCGUGGUUUUUGCCAGAGUUAUCAUCUUAAUCCUUUAAUUGAUAGAUAAGCUCAUUAUUAACCUUACAAAUGCAGCGGAAACUCCUGUUGUUUAGUGCGAGUUUCAGAGGUUUCCAGAGUCCCGGCGGACAAAAAUGUCCGUAAAUCGCUGAGAACCUGAUGACACCUAAUAACUGUUUUAAAGGUUUUUAUGGGUAACAAGGACAGAAAUACAGUUGUGGAGCAUUGGUGUUUUUUGUCCGAUUUAUUCGUUUCUACCCUAAAGCAUGGAAUGAACUUGUAGAGAUGAGGGUAGAAGCGUACGGGUGUAGAAAUGGUACGGUUUUACAAUCAUUUUUACUUGCCUUUGCCAUACGUUUUCAGAUGUUUAAAACUCAUUAAUAAUUCAUAAAGAAAACAAAAAAAAAAUUAAAGCUUAAAAUGCUAAGUGAGUGCCUUUAUAUCUGCUAUACUUCAAAAUAACCCCAAAUCUUAAUAUUAGUGCAAGGCUGUUUAAUUACAUCCGAUUAGUCGGAAAAUAUGCCCUUUUUGUUGCAAAACUUAUUUUUGGCUAUUGCUAUGCUAAUUAGCCGAAAACUAGUCCAAAAUAAGUGGAAUUUGUGAAAGAUGCGGAUUUUUUUUGCUACUCGCUGGCCGUCAUGAUUAUCAAAGAUUUAAAACUAUUCAAGAAUGCACAAAUGAAUUACAUUAUAUUUUUAUAUUUCCUUGAUAUUUAAUCAGUGAGCGAUUAAUUCUCAGUUAAUAUGCAUUCAGUCAACUCUCUCGUAUCGGACACCUCUCUAACACGGACACCCGGUGUUGGUCCCCGUCGUUUUUUAAUCAUUUUACUGUAACUAUACUCUCUAUAAGGCGGACACCUCUCUAAGACGGACACCCGGUGUUGGUCCCUGUCGUUUUUCAAUCAUUUUACUGUAACUAUACUCUCUAUAAGAUGGACACCUCUCUACGACGGGCACCCGGUGUAGGUCCCUGUCGUUUUCCGAUCAUUUUACUGUAACAAUACUCUCUAUAAGACGGACACCUCUCUACGACGGACACCCGGUGUUGGUCCCUGUCGUUUUUCGAUCAUUUUACUCUAACUAUACUCUCCAUAAGACGGACACCUCUCUAAGACGGACACCCGGUGUUGGUCCCUGUCGUUCUUCGAUCAUUUUACUGUAGCUAUACUCUCUAUAAGACGGACACCUCUCUAAGACGGACAACGGACACUUGAGAAGUGCUUUAUGCAGCAGUGAAAAAUAGCUCUAAGACGGACAGUUAGGGUCGGUCCCGAAGGUGUCCGUCUUAGACAGAGAGAUGACUCUAUAGUUAGUGUAAAUUAAUUGAAGAUGAUUGUUUAUAGGUUGAGCAAACUUUUUAUUAUUACAGUCGACUCCCAGUAACUCCCGGUAGCUCCCGGUAGCUCGAACCUCCCGUUAACCCAAAGUAAUUUUCAUUUCCCUUCAGAUCAUUUUCAUAUAAAUUUACCGUCGAUAACUUGAACUUUUUUUUCUAUUUCCCUUGAAGGUUCGAAUUAUCGGGAGUCGACUGUAUUUAAUUUUUAUAUGUAGCACCGUCAGUAAAUAAAAUUUUCUCCCAUAGAUACUUGACACUAUAGACGACUCCCGGUAACUCGAACCCUCUACAGCACGAACCUCCCGUUAACUCGAAGUAAUUUUCAUUUCCCUUCAGAUAAUUUUCCAUAUAAAUUUACCCUGGAUAACUCGAACUCCAGAUAACUCGAACUUUUUUCUAUUUCCCUUGAAGGUUCGAAUUAUCGGGAGUCGACAAUAACUUCAUUUCCACUUGCAAUAGAUACGUUCAGUCUAGGUGUAAUUGAAAUUACUUGUUAACGACCUGAAUUUCAUGCAUUUUAAUCAUUUUCAUGAUUUUAUAGGUAUUUGGCGGUAACAUUGACCGUAACACUCCAGUUUAUCAUUUUCUUCAUCCACGGAUCUAUUGCAAGCAACUUCGAUUCCAACCGUGGUCUUGGUCAACGGGUGUCUGCAUGAGAAUAGAAGUAUACAGUUGUCAAAAAGGUAAAUAGAUGUUACAACACGAUAUUAACGACUCAUUCACGAGAGGAAGCACGCAUGGCAGUGUACCGUAUUUUCUAAACCUCCCAAAUUAUAAAAAUUUGGUCAAAAACGGGGAUAAGGGAGCGUAAUCAAAGGAGGCGCGCUUAUCGUCGUCGUAAUCAUCAUCGUCAUCAUCAUCAUCGUCAUCAUCACCACUAACACUACCACCACCACCAUCAGCAUCAUUAUCGUCAUCGUCAUCGUCAUCGUCAUCGUCAUCGUCAUCAUCAUCAUCAUCAUCAUCAUCAUCAUCAUCAACUACUCAAUAUUCAAAAGUGACUGUCACAAAAGUGAUUGCUUAAACAUAAUCACCAAUAUAAUAUUCAGACUUGGCAACCAUCGCUUACAAAUUGAAACGGGCAGACAUACAGUCCGAAAACUCUAGAAAAUCUUCGAAUUUGCCCCUUCCGCCACUUAAAUGAAGUUGAACACGAAUUACACUUUCUAUUCAAUUGUAAUCUUUACGAUAGUCUUCGAUCUAUUUUUGACAGAAGCAUUAGUAAUAGAUAGCCCCUUUUCAAUAAUUUUGACAACACUGAAAAAGCCCUCUUCAUAUUUCUCAAUGUCGGUCCUCAUAUCUACAGACUUACAGCUGCUUACAUGUGUUCUUCAAUUAUAGCCUUUAUUAUAACCUAAAUAAUGUAGGUAAUACCAUGUACUCACGCGGGAAUACUGAAAUAAAAUUGUUGUCGUCAUCAUCAUCAUCAUCAUCAUCAUCAUCAUUAUCAUCACCGUUAUUAAAUGAAGAGAAGUUCUUCGCGAUUAAAGACGCAACUUUAAUAUGCAGUUGCGAAAAGAAAUCCUGAAAAAAAUUCAGGUUUUCCGAGAUUUGAACCCUGACCUGUGCGAUUCAUUAAAUAGAUUCGUAAUACACUCGGGAAAUUGAUGAAAUUAUCAUCAUUACAGUUAUUUUAUAUUCCCCUAAACGACCCUGAGCUGUAAUAAGGUCGGCGAUCGCUAGGAACGAUGACAUACGUCUUAUGUAACUAGAAUCAGAUGCAGUAGAGAAAGAAAGCGAUAUUGUUAUGAAUAGAAUUACCCUCAUCAUCCACAUUUCGAGCAACAUUAAUGGCAUCGUUGGUAAAAUCAUCAUCAACUUCUCCUUCUCCUAAUAAUCGUCGCUAUUUAACCCAAGUUCUACAAAUAGGCGCCACGUUGGCUAUUAGCGGAGUGCGACGUAUUGUACUCAAUACUCUUUUAGGGAUGGGAGAUUUUUAUACUCUAAAGAUCCUUUCAGUGAUAAUAAUAGAGAAGGAAAAGGAAAGACAUUAAAGGACAGGUAAGGACAUUAAAUGGCGGAAAAAGACCAAUAAGGACAUAAAAGGACAAGUACGGAGAUGAGAGGACUAGUGAGCAUUCUGAAGUCAGCCAAGUGCGGUCAUUGCAAGCCCGCUGAAGAAGAAUGCUGUAUCAUGACAGACUAGAAACAAUAGGAAACUCCCAAAGCACAAACUCAGCCAAAACGCUAAAAAUCUUCAAUAUUUACUCAAGUUUGGGCUUAUAGAAGAUAAUGUCACAGUUUUUCAAUGACCAUAAAAUUCACAUUCCGGGUAGUUAGUUAAUCAAUUGUGGCCCUGAAAAAAUUUGAACGAAAAAAAACUACGAAUUUUUAAGAAAAUGCUUUUUUCGUGAGAAGGACUCUUAAAUAGCUAAAACUAUAAUUUCUCUAUGUUUGCAUUGCUCGAAAUCGCGCGCUUUUACAAGGAGCUAAAGUUUUUUGCUGACUUGCAAGGUCCCCAAAAUAAAUGGAUAAAACUCAUAGGCUAUUAGAUAUAGUCGUGUAAAGUUUGCUUAUAAUUUUUGCAUAAAUUAUAGCCUAAAUUUGGAAACCGCUGAAUUUCUCGCGUUGGGUCCUUGCGAUUUUGGUGAUUUUCGGUUCAACGCAAGGCACUAAUACCCACUAUAUGUAGCCGAGAGAUUUUCAGGAACAAAUGCCGGCAACAGCAGAAUUUCAACUCAGACUCCAAAGAGGCGUGGCACUAUAACCACGUGACAUUUACUCCGACGGCCAAACAUUUUAUGCUAUAUUGUAGAUUGAUCUAUAUGUUAUCCAUGCUAUAUGUUAGACUUACCAUCAAAUUAAAGGUGGGGAUACCAGAGAGCGUCAAAGUAGGAUGGUACCCUCACAAAAUGAUUGGGUCGAGUCACCUUAACACAACCCAAUCUAAUAGAAACUGUUUUAACCCACCUUGAUAUUUCGCAAUCGUAAAAGUGUUAAACGGAGAAAGACCAGAAAAGAAGGAGGCGAGAGUUAUGGCAGAGGGGAUAAUAAGGAUUGGGAGGUUAAAGGCCUCAGCAAAUCAGGGAUGAUGGUAAUGAUCCUGUUUCUCUUUUAAACACUUUUAGUUGGCAGCGUCUGAUUAGUCUUUCAACAUCGCAGCGUAUAUUCUGUGGGGUUCCGGUUGCACAAAUUAAAAUUAUUGUUAUGUAGAUAUGACAAUUUUUAUUUUAUAGGGCAUUUAGAAGACAGCUUUUCCAUACGCCACUGACCAUACGAAAAAAUACCACGGAAUGGUGAUAAUAGAAUUAAAUGAUAGUAAGUGAAUGAAAUGCAAUGAAUGACACAUACUGAUUGUAAUAAGUAAACGAGCUACAUGUAUUGAAGCCAAGCUGUAUAAUUAAGACCACACUAACUUAACAUUGUUAAAUAAAAAGAUACCACCAUUGAGAAAAUUAAGUGUGUCUGAAACGAGUGAACUAAUUAUAGUGAACUAUAAUUUAAAUUAAACUAUCAGCUACGUAUUUUUCAUAACCACCUCGGUCCGAAACAUAUGUCAAAAGAGAAAGCUCUCGUGGCAACUAUGCAUAUCUCACUUGUUUUCUUGUGUUUGUCCAAAGGAAUGUAAGGCUUGGCUCACAUAAGUGUAUGUUUUAAUGAAUUAUGUUUCUCCCCCAUUGUAUGAUAAUAGCUAGCUGCGACUUGCAUGCAACACUUAAAAGUAUGAUUGGUAAACUGAGUCGGAAGAAGGACAUUCGCCCAGCUGAGAAAAUGUGGGUUUAAUAAUUUGGAUUCAAAUUAUACAUUCAUCAUUAUCAUAAUGAUGAUCCUCCUUUUUUUUUCAAAACUUUCAAAGCAAGGCUAUGUCGAUAUAUGAUAUAGAAAACGUACACCAGUGUAUGUAUCAAAGAUAGCUUUGUUGACUAGUCUACGGGUGUACAGUGAUGAUUUUGUUUGUUUGUUUUGUUUUGUUUUGUUUUGUUUUUUCUAGAGUACAUUUUUUGUUUUCAUUUGCGGAAUUAUUUGAUUUGACGCAUCAACUCUUGAUAGUUUUAAAGUAUUGUUAUUUACAUGGACUUAUAAUUAUUAAUUAUUAUCAUAAAUCGUAAAUAACAAAAGAGCUUAAGGAGCUUAAAGAGAUGGUAGCUGCCAAGGCAAUCCACGUAACGCGCAAUCCAGUCUCCAGCGAAUCUACUACUUGUUCUCAGCUGCUUGCUAGUUAAUAUCUCCAGAGUGGUUUAUGUCCUCUACUUCGUUGGACAGUUUCUUUGAGGGUCGAAUAAGACGCCAUAAAAGAGCGAGGAACUCAACUAGAGUGAUAAUAGACACUCCAAUGCAGAGGCCAAGUUGACCACCAAUGGCUCCCACCAAAGCUGCAAACUGCAAGUAACGAACAAAGAUAUAAGUGUGGUGUUUUCUUGUUUGUUUGGCUUUGUAUUGGUUUUGCUUUUGUUAUGGCAGGAGUAAGUAAAAUGCAAUAGCUGAAAGUGCGUUAAUUUUCUCAGGAAAUCUCGCAAUUAUAGAAGUCUGUAAGCUUCUGUUUUGGUUCUGUAAAUGUGAGCUCUUUGUGCAACAAGAAUAACAGCAAACUGUUAGAGUCGAAAAUGUAAUGUUCAAAUGACAACAAACAUAAAUGGAAACAAGCUUUCCUUGAGGAAAGAUGAUUAUACAUAUUACAUAAUGUGCGGGUAAAAUUAUUCUGAAAAGUGGACCAAUUGUUUAUUGAGUGUGAAGAAAGUCCUUGAUGCCUCUAAAUUGUGAGUUAUAAACUAUAAAGAUUGCACUAGUAGGCAAUUGAGUUGCGGAAUUUUUCAUAGGGCAAAUCUUCUUUCAGCCACUUUUUAAAACACAAGGUUUAAACAUAGAGGAUUAUGCAAAGUACGUUGCAUCAUCAUCAUCAUCAUCAUCAUCAUCAUCAUCAUCCCUUCAUCACUUCUUUAUUAUUUAUUAAGUUAGUUUAUAUAUUUAUUUAUAUUAUUUAUUUAAUUAUUUAUUUUUUGCUGCAGUAACGUAGAUUGUGACUUUAUGUGA